UUAUAAUAUACAUACAGCAAACAAUUCCUCUCCAGUCUCCUCCACUUAGACCAUUUCCUCAAACACAAAGCUUUUUCUUCCAUAGCAUCUGAAUCGGCGCAUCUUAACCUCAACAGGUACGUUUGCAGUUGUUUCUUACCAAAAACAGAACCUAUCUACUUAAUAUUAACUAAACAGCACCACUUUGUGAUUAGGUUCUUCUCUGUUCUGUUUUGCUGUUUAUUAUCUUGAUCAGGGAGAGGAAAAACAUUCAACCUUUAAAACGGGGUUUCUUGUGGAACAAUUCUUAGGGGGUUUUGAAAUAACUGAUGGGUUCUUAUUCUGGUGGGUUCCCUGGAUCAUUUGACAACUUUGAUUUCAAUUUUGGAAAUGGUUUCUAUCUGGAUGAUCAACCUUUGUUAGAAGUUCCAUCUCCCUUCCCUCCUCCUCCUCCUCCUCCAGCUCAUCCAGAUCCAUAUUCACAACAGAAUCUUGCUGCUGAUGCUGAUGCUGAUAUCUCUGAUUCUGUUCUGAAAUACAUAAGCCAAGUGCUUAUGGAAGAAGACAUGGAGGAGAAGCCUUGUAUGUUUCACGAUGCUUUGUCUCUUCAAGCAGCUGAGAAAUCUCUCUAUGAAGCUCUCGGCGAGAAGUACCCUACUGAUCAUUCUGAGCCUCUGAUGACUACUACUUUUACUACUACCACUGUUCAGCUGGCUCGUAGUCCUGACGGUUCUUCUCCAAGCACCACGUCAUCUGAUUGGAGUUUUGAUUGUUUUGAGAACAAUAGGCCUUCUUGGUUCCACACACCGGUCCCGGAAAACUUCGUUUUCCAGUCUACUAGAUCCAAUAUUCCCAAGUCUUCUGACGUGGUUCGCAAGUCAAGUUUCAAUCAUGAUCUGCUUUCUAAUAUGUUUAAAGAUAGUGAAUUGGCGUUUCAGUUCGAGAGAGGUAAGGAGGAAGCUAGUAAGUUCCUUCCCAAGAGUUGUCAGUUAGUUAUAGAUGUGGAGAGUAGUUACAACCCAUCAAAUGAUCCUAAGGAGCAUAAUAACUCAGUUCCUUACAGAAGAACCGGAAAGAAAAAACACUGGCGUGAAGAUGAAGAAGAACAUUUGGUGUCUGAAGAAAGAAGUAAGAAGCAAUCAGCUGUCUAUGUGGAUGAAGCUGAGCUAUCUGAAAUGUUUGACAAGAUUCUAUUAUUUGGCCGGCCUAAGGAGCAACCUCUAUGCAUUCUCAACGAUAAUUUCAUCAAAGAAACCGCCAAAGAUUCAUCACCAAGUUAUAAAGGCGACACAACGCAACAGAAGCCUGCAGCUAGCUGUGGCAACAGUUAUGUGAAAGAUACACCUGAUCUGAGGAACCUUUUGGUUUCAUGCGCGCAAGCUGUGUCUAGUAACGAUCGUGAAAUGGCUGAGGAAUUGUUAAAACAAGUUAGGCAGCAUUCAUCAUCUCACGGCGAUGGGACAGGGAGGUUAGCUCAUUACUUCGCAGACAGUCUCGAAGCACGCUUGGCCGGGACAGGUACACAGAUUUACACCGCCUUGUCUUCCAAGAAAACACCUGCUUCCGACAUGCUGAAAGCUUACCAGACGUACGUAUCGGUCUGCCCUUUCAAUAAAACCGCAAUCAUAUUCGCUAACCACAGCAUCCUGCACUUGGCUACCGACGCCCAAACCAUCCACAUCAUAGACUUUGGCAUCUCUUACGGCUUCCAGUGGCCUCCUCUCAUCCAUCGCCUCGCUUGGAGACGUGGUGGGUCGUGUAAGCUUCGGAUAACCGGUAUAGAGCUGCCUCAACGCGGGUUUAGACCAGCUGAGGGAGUUGCUGAGACGGGUCAUCGCUUGGCUAGGUAUUGCCAGAGGUACAAUGUUCCGUUUGAGUACAAUGGUAUCGCUCAGAAGUGGGAAACGAUCAAAGUGGAGGACCUGAAGCUGAGGGAAGGCGAGUUUGUUGCUGUGAACUCUCUGUUCCGGUUUAGAAACCUUCUGGAUGAGACGGUGGCAGUGCACAGCCCGAGAGAUGAGGUUUUGAAGCUGAUAAAGAAGAUCAAGCCAAACGUGUUCAUCCCUGCGGUCCUCAGCGGCUCCUACAACGCGCCUUUCUUUGUGACUAGGUUUAGAGAAGUUCUGUUUCACUACUCUUCUCUCUUUGACAUGUGCGAGACGAGUCUGCCUCAGGAAGAUCCGAUGAGGGUUAUGUUUGAGAAGGAGUUCUAUGGAAGGGAGAUCAUGAACGUGGUGGCGUGCGAGGGGAGCGAGAGAGUGGAGAGGCCUGAGAGUUAUAAGCAGUGGCAGGCGAGGGCGAUGAGAGCUGGGUUUAGACAGCUUACGCUUGAGAAGGAACUGGUUCAGAAACUGAAGUUGAUGGUGGAAAGUGGAUACAAAAGCAAAGAGUUUGAUGUUGAUCGAGAUGGUAACUGGUUGCUUCAAGGCUGGAAAGGCAGAAUUGUUUAUGCUUCAUGUACUUUGGUUCCUAUUCUCUUUCUCGAUUCGUCGCUUGAUUUCGAUCGAAACCCUAGCACCUUCUUCCUAUCCGAUCCUCUUCUCCAACCCGAUGAGAACGACUCGUCCAACACUCUUCUCAGAUACGUGAAUCAGAUCCUCAUGGAAGAGAGCGCCGGGGACAAACAGUCCAUGUUCUACGAUUCACUAGCGUUACGGAAAACAGAAGAGAUGUUGCAGCAAGUCAUCACCGAUUCCAAAGCUCAUCGUGGCUCGGUGGUUACUACUAGUAGUGAUGCAAGCGGGAGCAUAUCCAGUAGUCGAGGGCCUGUGAAUGAGAUUGUUGUCAAGAGUAUGUUUAGUGACGCAGAGUCGGAUUUGCAGUUCAGGAGAGGGCUCGAGGAAGCUAGGAAGUUCCUUCCCAACAGCGACCAAUGGGUUUUCAAUCUCGAAAGACCUCUUGUUGAGUCAGAUCUCUCGAGAGUUAAGAAGAGUCACGAGAGAGAAGUUCUUGAUCUCGAGGAAGUUAGGAGCAGUAAGCAGUCCGCUACUAAUGUUGAAGAUGUAGAAGUGACUGAUAUGUUCGAUAAGGUUCUCCUUCUCGACGGUGAAUGCGAUCCGCAAACACUGUCGACUCAACAAACACUUAGUAAUAACAAGACAAAGAGCAAGACCAAGAAGGCAAAGAAGAAGAAGAAGAGUCAGGUUAUUGAUUUCCGCACGCUUCUCACACACUGCGCGCAAGCUAUCUCCACGGGGGACAAAACCACGGCUCUCGAUCUGCUUUUACAGAUAAGGCAGGACUCUUCUCCUCUGGGAGACGCGUCGCAGAGACUCGCUCACUGUUUCGCAAACGCGCUCGAGGCGCGUCUGCGAGGAAACACGGGUCCUGUGAUCCAGACUUACUACAACGUCAUCACCUCGGUGAAAGAGACGGCUUCGGAUAUACUGAAAGCGUACAGAGUGUACCUCUCUUCGUCUCCUUUCGUGACCUUGAUGUACUUCUUCUCCUUCAGGAUGAUCCUCGACGCGGCUAAAGACGCCGAGGUUCUCCACGUGGUCGACUUCGGGAUCCUCUACGGGUUUCAGUGGCCUAUGUUUAUACAGUACUUGUCCGGGCGAAAAGACGUGCCGAGGAAGUUACGGAUCACCGGUAUAGAGCUGCCUCAGCGAGGGCUGCGUCCUGCUGAGCGUAUAGAGGAGACGGGGAGGAGGUUGGCUGAGUACUGCAAACGGUUUAACGUGCCGUUUGAGUACAAAGCUAUAGCGUCUCAGCACUGGGAAACCAUACGGAUCGACGAGUUUGACAUCAGACCGGGGGAGGUUUUAGCGGUUAACGCCGGUCUGAGGCUCAAGACUCUUCAGGACGAGACGGGUGGUGAAGAGACGUGUCCGAGGGACGCGGUUCUGAAGCUGAUAAGGAAGAUGAACCCAGACGUAUUCGUCCACGCCAUCGUGAACGGUUCGUUCAACGCGCCGUUCUUCAUAUCCCGGUUUAAAGAAGCGGUUUACCAUUACUACGCGCUGUUCGAUAUGUUUGAUUCGACGCUGCCGAGGGAUAACCAGGAGAGGGUCAGGUUCGAGAGGGAGUUUUACGGGAGGGAGGCGAUGAAUGUGAUAGCGUGCGAGGAAGGGGAUAGGGUGGAGAGGCCUGAGACGUAUAGGCAGUGGCAGGUGAGGAUGGUUAGGGCAGGGUUUAAGCAGAAACCGGUUAAGGCUGAGAUGGUUGAGUUGUUUAGGGAGAAGCUGAAGAAGUGGAGGUAUCAUAAAGAUUUUGUGGUUGAUGAGAAUAGUAAAUGGUUGUUGCAAGGCUGGAAAGGUCGGACUCUUUAUGCUUCUUCUUGUUGGGUUCCUGCUUAGUGUUUUUUAGUUCUUUUUGUUGUUACACAUGAUCAUGUAAUCUUUAGGAAUAUAUGAUAUAUUAAUCUUUUAUAGGUUUUCAAGAUUUUUGUAGCUCAAAUUCUCCUCCAAUAAAUAUAUAUACACAAAAGAUUUGGUAGUG